CGGGAGAAGGAGCGAUCUCACCGGAUUCGCAUCCUAAUAACAUCCCGGGGAUUUAAUAAAAAACGCCAAUGCUGUACUUGUUCGAUUAUAUGGAGGAUUAAAUUAUUUCAACAACUCUGAAAAGAAAAACAGAUCCCACAGACUGACCUCACAGCUGUAGCUUUGGGCUCGCCACGUCGUUCCCUCGACAGGACCAGAGGAGUCUCGGGCGAAAAUGAAGACCCUGGAGGAGCCCCCGUACCUGCCUGUGGGCACAGACGUGAGUGCCAAGUACAGGGGGGCCUUCUGCGAGGCCAAGAUCAAAACCGCCAAGAGGCUGGUCAAAGUAAAGGUGACCUUUAAGCAGGACUCGUCCACGGGGGAAGUGCACGACGAGCACAUCAGAGGACCUUUAAAGGUGGGAGCGGCUGUGGAAGUGAAAAAUCAGGAUGGAGUAUACCAGGAAGCCACAAUCAACAAAUUAACAGACGCCAGCUUGUACACUGUCGUGUUUGAUGACGGCGAUGAGAAGACCCUGAGGCGUUCCUCUCUGUGCCUGAAAGGAGCGCGCCACUUUGCAGAGAGCGAGACGCUGGACCAGCUCCCCCUCACCAACCCCGAGCACUUUGGCACGCCGGUCAUCGGCAAGAAGGGCAACCGUGGCAGACGAUCCAAUCCUGUUCAAGAAGAGGAGUCGUCCUCGUCCUCCAGCGAGGAGGAGGAGGGCGACCAGAGGCUGAACGACGAGCUGCUCGGCAAGGUGGUGUGCGUGGACUGCGUCGCCACCGGAGACAAGAAGAAGGCGCCGUGGUACCCCGCGCUGGUUAUUUCCCCGGACUGCAGGGAGGAGGUGGCGCUGAAAAAGGACAGUGUUCUUGUCCGCUCCUUCAAGGAUGGGAAAUUCUACACGGUCAUGCGGAAGGAUGUCCGAGAAAUGGACAGCGGGGCGGUCCCGAAAGCGGAGGCGGCGCUGAAACCAGCUAUUGACAGUGCCCUGGAUUUUCUGCGGCGGGGAGCAGUUCCUGGUACCUGGAGGAUGGAACUGAAGGAGGACACCUCUAGCAGUGAGGAAGAGGAUGAGGGUGAGGCAGAAGAGGAAGAGGAGGGUGCGAGCAGCGAGGAAGAGGAGGAGGAAGUGGAGCCUUUUCCAGAGGAGAGAGAGAACUUCCUCCAGCAGCUGUACAAGUUCAUGGGGGACAGAGGCACUCCUAUAAACAAGAGACCAGUGUUGGGCUACCGAAACCUCAACCUCUUCAAGCUUUACAGACUGGUGCACAAAUUGGGAGGCUUUGAUAACAUUGACAGCGGCUCCAUCUGGAAGCAAGUCUACCAGGACCUGGGGAUUCCCGUUCUCAACUCCGCCGCUGGCUACAAUGUCAAAUGUGCCUACAGGAAGUACCUUUAUGGCUUUGAGGAGUACUGCACCUCCACUGGAAUUGCCUUCCGGAUGGAACUGCCCCGGAAGCUGGCCGACAAACCAGGAUCCAAGGCAGAGAAGAAGGCUGAGGCCGGCGGCCUCGCCGCACCGCCAGGGACCGGUAGCCCUCAAGCCCAGGCGGAGCAGAGCCCCCGCACAGACAGCAGCCCCCAGGAUGUGCACCCUGACCUCUGCAAGGAGGAGAACACCGCGGAUCCGAGCGCGCCGGGAAGCAAUAAGCUGGAGACCGCCGGCCCAAAGAGAGAGGAAGCGGAAGACAAGGAAGCGGAUGACCAUAAGCGGGAGGAGGAGGAGGACGACGGGGACAAGGCUCCAGGGCCCAAGCCCGAGGACAUGAAAUCAGAAGGCGGCAACAACCAAGAGGACAAGGAGAAAUUGGGGGAUGACAGCAGUCAGGAGGGGGAAGGGGAGGAGUUUGAGUGUUACCCCCCUGGGAUGAAGGUGCAGGUGAGGUAUGGGCGAGGCCGCAAUCAGAAGACGUACGAAGCCACUGUGAAAGAGUCAGACCUGGAGGGGGGAGAGGUGCUCUACCUGGUGCACUACUGUGGCUGGAACGUCAGGUAUGACGAGUGGAUAAAGGCAGACAAGAUCAUACGGCCGGCGAACAAGAAUGCACAGAAAGUAAAACACCGUAAAAAAAUAAAGAACAAAGCGGACAGGGAGAAGGAGCGGCUGGAGAGAGUGGCGGAGCAGGAGGACCUCUCCCCUCCUCGGAACCACCGCGUCCCCCGCUCCUCCCGGGCCGGCGGGCCCCACGACUCCAAGCUGGACAGCAGCAGCAGAGGCGGGGAUCAGUCGCCAGCCAGGUCCCCCGAGGGCGUGUCUGUCCCGAACGGCCUUCAAGCCUCUGGGAGCUCGACGGAUGAAGACAGUGAAAGAGAGGAGGAUGAGGAUGGUGACAAUGACGAAGACGAGCACCUGGGUCCCCGAGGUGGCCACAAGAAGAUGGGCCUGCUGGAAGACACCAAUGUGAAGGAGCAUGGGGAGGGCGGGCCCCCUCUUGAGGGCAGUAGGACGGUGGGGGGGGAGAGGCUCCAGAACCCAGACGGCCAGGAGUCCGCGGACAGUGGCAAGCGCAGGGGUCAGCUGGAGCCAGAGGCCGAGAGGAGUGUCAGGAGGAGGAGAGCAGAAGGCCCCGGGGAGCGUAUACCCAAAGGUCAGGCCAAAAGCAAAGCCAGGGGUGGCGGCAGCAGGGGGGGAGACUGGCUGCCCGGCGGCUCCCCCAAGAGGCCGGAGGAGAGAGGUGCGGGCCCCAGGGAAGAGGGCGACCCAGUGUCUGGCAGCAGCAGCUCGGAAGACGAGGAGGCGGCCCCCAGGGAACCGCGCCCGGAGGAGGGCCCGCGGCAGCGCACCAGAGCCAAAUGCACGCCCUCCAAGAAGUACAACGGGCUGAAGGACAAGACGAAGAGCGGGCGACCCUCGGCAUUCUGGGAGGUGCCUGAAAAGAGGCCCAAGCUAGCGCAUGGAUCAGAGGAGAGGCUGCCUGGGCGCACCAAAGGGCAGAAGGAUGUCUGGUCCAGCAUUCAGGCCCAGUGGCCGAAGAAGACCCUGAAGGAGCUGUUUUCCGAUUCGGACACAGAGGCGGCGAACUCGCCCCCGCCUGCCGUGCCGGUGCAAGAGGACCCCAGGGCCGAGCCGGGACCGGAGGAGAAGGAGGGAGCAGAGGGGAAGCUGGAGCCUGACAAAACCCGGGAGUUCCCCAGCAGCGGCAGCAACUCCGUCCUCAACACGCCCCCCACCACCCCCGAGUCCCCCUCGCAGGCCCCCGGCGCGGCGGAGGCUCCCAGCAGGCCCGAGUCAUCCGCCCCUCCCCUGGCCCCGGCCCCGCCCCCGCUGGCCUCCGCCCCCCCGGCCUCCCCGUCGCCCUCGGGCCCUGGGCGGGCGGAGAGCGUGGGCGGGCGCAGCGAGACGGACAGCAGCACGGUGGAGGUGGAGAGCCUCGGGGGGGAGCUGCAGGAGCUGCCCCAGGAGGACAGGGUGGCGUCCCCCUCCACGGCCUUUGAUGGCAGCUUCUCCUCCAACAGCAACAGCAACUGCAGCCUGAGUGGGAGCAGCCAGCUGGAGAAUGAACAGAGGGCCAAAGCAGCGGCGGGCCAGAAGCGCCAGAGAGAUCCCCAGGUGGGCAGCACUUCCAGGAAACACAAGCGAAGCCACAAGAACGGAGGCGUGCAUUCGAAAAAGAGCCGCAAAACAGCACACAGCAGUGACAGCGAGGACCAGGCCACCAGCGAGAGCACUGCCAAGUCUCCCUCCUCCAAAACCCACAUGGCCACCCUCAAACCCGCCGGCAGGUCGUCCCCCUCUGGCCACAAGUACCAGAAGUCCGGGGACUCAGACCACCACCACCACCACCACCACCACCACCAUCAUCACCAUCACCAUCACCACCACCACCACCGGGAGAGCCACGCCCGCUCACCCCGUGUCUACAAAUGGAGCUUUCAGAUGUCUGAUCUGGAGAAGAUGAGCAGCCUGGAGAGGAUAGCGUUCCUACAGGAGAAGCUGCAGGACAUCCGCAACCACUACCUCUCCCUGAAGUCCGAGGUGGCCUCCAUAGACCGCAGGCGGAAGCGCUUGAAGAAAAAGGAGCGAGAAACAGGUGCGGCGGCUGCUUCCUCCUCUUCUUCUUCCUCCUCCGCCUCCUCCUCUUCGUCCUCCUCCCCCUCGUCCAGCUCGCUGACGGCAGCGGUCAUGUUGACUCUCGCGGACCCCGUGUCAGGGUCGUCUCAGAACUCGGGGGUGUCGGUGGAGUGCAGGUGACAGGACACUGGUGGCCCGCGGAUCUCUGCACUCGGCGUGCACCCCGCUCCUUUUCCAGCGAAAGGAACAGCCCAUCACACGGACGACUGAGGCACAAACAAACCAGAAAGAAACUCAACUGAACAAGGAGCACUAUUUCUUAUCUACAGUUAUUCUCUU